GUCGAGCGUGGUUCUCAAGUUCACGCAAUGCGCUUCCCUCUUUAUCUUUUUCUCACCGAUACCAUAUCCUCACCCUCACAUCAUGGCCAGCAUGCAACUUCCCGUCGAGCUCUUCCAACUCGUCGCCGAACUGUCCUCUAGACCCACGCAAAAGACUCUCCUCCUGGUCUCCAAAAUGUUUCAUGAUCUCGUUCUUCCUCUGCUAUUCUCACGCAUCACACUGAUCUUUGGGAUUAAGAGAAAACCCGAACGUCAUUGGAAUCACGAGGUACCAUGGUCCGAAGAAGAAAAUACGCAAUUGAGGAAGUACAACGGCAUGGCAACGAGCAUCCUCCAGCACAUGGCAGGAAACAGCGAGUUUGCUAAGGGAGUGAAGCAAUUAUCAAUACGCUGGUACGAAUCACCGCUCUCGCUAUCGAGCGCGGGUGGAUUGGAGGCUGUAACAGCAGCCUUGAACGCUCUCCCGUCGCUGGAAUCUUUCGAAUGGCGGGGAAACCUACUAGGCCUGAUUCCUCGACACGCUGUAGAAGCGCUGCGAAGAUGCCCCCACCUUCGUUCGCUCCUCAUCUCGCCGAUGCAGUUCCUAUGGCCUGAGCUUGUUGAGCUCCACGGGCUAAGAAAGAUCACACUCAUGCUCAAUGUGAACGAAUGGAUCCCCAGUCUCCCCAAUAUGUCCCCGCACGAGCGACGGUGCUACGAAGCUUCUCUGCAGCUUGUCAACUCCAGCGCGCCAUCCGUAGAAGAAGUCACCACCUCAUAUUGGAUGUUCCCAGAGGAACCCCUCCCCAACUUGACAGCCGCCACGUUCUUGCGCGCGACAGGGGCUACGGGCCUCAGGCGGCUCACCGAGCACUCGCCGUCCCUGACUUCCCUCACGGUCACCGCCAACUCGUGGAACACCGACAACAUACUCUCGGUCUUUGCGUCCUCUCCCGAGGCGUUUCACGUCCUGACGUCCUUCAAGUUCCUGGUGGAGUACACCAGCGAGAUGCGCGACUGCGACGCAGACCCCGUGGUCGCCUUCCUCAAGAACAAGCGCCAUCUCCGGCGCCUAUAUCUGGGACUGUGCUCCCGGCAGUCGCAGCCGGUGAUCAGGCUGCUUCCCGAGCUCCCGAACCUGGAGGUGCUCGGUCUUGGAUGGGGCGGGAUGCAAUUCUCGGCCGCACGGGCACAGGUGUUCGUGGACUGCCUCCCGCGCAACCUCGGUGCCCUCUUCAUCAACGUCGACGAAGAGCAGGAAGCCCUGGACGCGUUCCUGCAGCUGGUCAAGCAACGGCCCGCGCUGAAAGUGUGCUACAUCCCCUCGCUCGGCGACCUCGCCUUGCACUUCAUCAGGUCCGCUCUUGCCGACGCAGAUAGUGCGCUGGACCUCCUCGGAACAGGGACCGAGCUAUUCUACGCCUAUCUCGCAAAGAGCAAGCAGCCUCAGCCCGUCGCGCACACCUUGUGCGAUCCGCAUCCGGACCCGAGUCUCACGCUAGCGGACUACGGACUGGACGACUGGCAAUGGCUGGCGCAGCACAGACUGGACUUUGGGCUCAUGUCGCUCAACGUUCCCGCUUGCAGCGUGUGCGGAACCGCGCCGGCGUGCCACCGCCUGAUAGACUGCGUGGAUCUGCGUUCGUUGGAGGGGUCAUGCUAUAGCCUGGACUGGAGAUCGUUCGGCUUGCAUUGAUAGGUGUGCGGCGUGGCGUCGUGGGGUGCUGGUAGGUUAUAUGCGUUUGCGAUAGAUGGCCAUGUCGUUGUAAGAUUCUGGACAAGAUGCACUUU